AUGGCGAAAAGCGCAGUAAUUUUGUCCCUCUUCGCAUUCUCCGUAGCCUCCUCUCUAUGGGCCCACACUUGCGUCGCUAGCGUCAGCAUAAGGCUGGCGGGCCCAGAAAUCUCGGCCAUAUGCGACAAGAGCGUCGACCGCCAGUUCUGCCUCAACUUCCUGCAAUCGACGCCCGGAAUCUCCACCGCCGAUCUCAAGGGCGCCGGCUUGAUCGUCCUCGACUCGGCUCGAGCCGAGGCGUCGAGCACCGAGAGCUACGUCAAGGCGCUUCUGGGGAAGGCCACGGAUCCCAAGCAGAAGGAGGUCUACAAGACGUGCCUGAGCAACUACGACGACGCCGUCGACGACAUCGAGGCGGCGAAGGCGUCGAUGAGCGGCGGCGACUACAACGGCGCCAACAUUCAGGCGUCGGGGGCUCAGGAGAACGCCGACACGUGCGACGAAGGGGUGAAGGGGUCGGAUCUGUCGAAGAAGAAUCAGCACUUGUUUAAGGUUCUCGACAUCGUUUUGUUAUUGCCAACAAGUUGCGCGGUUGAUGAUUGA